AUGCUACUAAGGGAUGCGUUGUACAUCCUCGGACCUGGUUGCCUUGGAACGAAUCACGAAACGUUCUUCUCUGCCGUUAAGCUUCGACGGAUUCAAAUUACAAGACACGCUCUGUCUUCCGCUUCGAUCCUCGCUGCUACGGCUCCGCCUAUAUUAACCUUGCGUCGAACGGCUAGGCUUAAACUAUGCCCUCCAGAAAAAGGGACGUGCCGCCGCGACGAACAAAAAACUUCCUCCAAGAAGGUCGCUCCGGCGAAGAAUGUCGAGAGGAAGCGACCACGAUCUCCUAGCUUGUCCUCAUCGGAAACUCCGGACUCGGAGGAUGUCAAACGCGCGAAAACUACCGAAACAACAGGUAGUGGCAAGUCUGUAGAUCCAGAAACUCGAGAGAAAGUUACUGACGGACCCAUCUUUUCUGGCAAAUUCGACCUUUACGCCAUGACAAACUUCACCUACCAGGCAAAGUCGGAUUUCAGUGCCCAGAUCGCUCUUCCCGACACGCCUUACACGGAGGAGGGCGUAGCAGGUUCCUCGGCCCUCUGUGAUCCUAUGGAAUGCCUGCCAUACGACUUAUUUCUCAAGGACAUCAAGGCAGUAGACGGGCUUUCUUAUACGGAGCACCAGGAGUCGUUCUUCAGAGCGUCUGACUCCGAGCGGUCCUGCAGUUACCGCGAAUACCGGUAUCAUCAAUGGUGGCUGGGGAAUUCAGUCCGCUCGUGGAAAAUCUUCUAUAGCAACUCGUACAAGCGUAAGGGUCGUGGGAGUGGCGACGAUACUGAAUUCGCCUUUUGGGCGGUUCGUGCAAGGAAGGACACCGAUGGAAAAGAAAUUGGUCUGAACCUUGGUGGCUGA